AUGAAUCUGCGGUUAAGGGAGGAGGGAGGUGGAGAAUGUGAGCUAGUGGGAGAGGAAAUGGCUACACUGGUGGGCAACGGGAUCCUCGUGGGAUUCGCUGGUCAAGCGCUUUUGUCCCUAUGUCUGUCGAUAUGGGUUUUUUUCCUAACGAAGCACGGCAAUAUGGAUAUCACACAUCCAGAAGGCUCUGUCGGGCGCGAGGUUGAGCGCAAACGCAUGGACUUUGUGUCUAAAAUCCUGAUGAUCGGAUCGGACUUUCAAUCUACGCUAGGAAUAGCUUAUUUGGUCACUACGUUCGCACAGGUAUCAAUCAUGAGCACCUACCACUUGCACCUCGUUUUCGACAUUUCAAGCUUUGUGGGAGUAUCGAAUACAGCAGCGCUCGUUUGCUGGAGAUACUGCCGCGCUAAAAUAGACGAACCAGACAUGAAGCUUCAUAAUCGGCGCAAGAUCCGCAUUAGCUGGUUUAAUAACCGUUAUCGAGCGGUUUACAUUUUUCUUGCUUUAUAUUUGGCCCUCACCAUUCUCCUUGGUAUCCGUCUGAAUGAAUGGUCACCCCACCAGGAGCCUGGUCGUUGUUAUUAUUCGACACUCGUCACCGAUCCAUCUGCCUCUCACCCUGCUGCAGACAAGUAUUAUGUGGGGUUCACCAGUACCUGGCUCAUGAUUGUUGUCCUUGCCAGUGUUUUUGCUGGAGUCAAGAGAAGACGUGCUAUUCUGGUGCUCUCGUCGCUCCAUUUCCCCUUGCACCUCUAUAUGACGAUUGCCCUUCGAGUGGCAAAUGAUAAGAAAUUGGAAGGAGAGAUAACUCAUGAGAAUGAGUGGGAUUUUGGUCAGACAACGGCCGUCAUGCUUCUGGCGAUUGCCCUUGUGGAGCUUUUCAAGAAAGGGAAAGAGUACUACGAUUUUGAGAGCUAUGUGGCUAAGUUUGGGGUACCUCCUAGUGAGAAUGAUGGAAUGAUUCAAAAGGAUGAGGAGGCCAAUAGGAGCAACUCUCUCUUGGUCCAGGGUCCUGGAGGCAAGAACAUAGCCGAGGAAAGGCGCCCUGCAAUGGAGGAGCACACUUCGAGUUAA